AUGAGCCAUGCCGAUACCCUGUACCUCACGACGGACGAAAUGGGUCUUACCGUCGAACAAUGGUUACCGGUCGCCCCGGUGGUCUUGUGGUAUCCUCGUCAUCCGCUAGUCGCAGAGGUCGUGAGUUCGAAUCCCCAUGGGGUGAAAAAUUUACGAAAUUUGCGGUGAAAGCGAAAUAUAGCUGACAAGCUUUCGUGAGUACCAAACUUCGACGUUAGCACCGUUGACGAGGGAAAGGGACGGCUGGAACCUUCUCGCGAUAAAAAAAAAAUUCAGCACGCACCGCAGGAGGAAGGUGGGGCAUGAAAAGAAAUAAAAAAAAUAAAGAAAGCCCUGGUGUUUACCCCCU